CCGACACAGCUGAUGUCAAAUCAUACGAGGCAACAGGCGACGUCUACCCUCUUUCAGGGAGACGGAUCGGAGGCAAUGUCGACUCUUCAAGGCAGAGAUCGUAAGACCACCAAAGGGUGGUGUCCAGUCGGUGGAAGGAUAGUCCUGUAGCGUGAGAUGUACGAACGUGGAGUCACAGAACCAGGCGGGGGAUAAAUGAAGGUAAUGAAGAUGCCCCGCCACCGGCUGAAGAGGCGGUCGUCAGCAUAGGAGUAACAUCCAGUAGUGCAGAAAAUCUGCUGGUCCGACUGUAACCAAGUGUGUGGAUUAUUGGAGUUUUACUACGACUCCAGUUUAUGCAGCGAUCCCAGAACAACCCACAGAGGAGAGAAGCAGCCCAAUUACCUCCAGCGAUCAACCCUUUAUGAUUCACAGCCGAAGGAGAAAAUAUACUGCAACCGUGUCAAAUAUUAAGCUUAGAUCAAUUUCUAACGGCAAAUGAUAUAUAAUAUUUUUUGAUAAUUGUCAUUCCUUUAAUAACUGAGCUAUAGCUAGUGAGAAAACAGUUACCUAAUAGUUGUCACGGACUUCCUGAGCCAAAGGGCCUGUUUCUGUGCGGUGUGAUUCCACAUCUGUCUAGGACUAAAACCUGGCGACUUGUGAAAAAUGAACAAGUUCAUAGAACACAACGCAUGGAUGUAUUAACUAUCCCACCGGAGCGUGCCAAAGGAUGGUACCUAGCUUUCAUGGCACCCAAUGUUAAGGGCCCACCAUAUGCCUGGCUUGAUCCUUCCAGACUCUAUUGUAACCAACAGGCCUUUAAGGACUGCGUUGAAGACUUGAUCCACCCAUUUCAAAAUGACACCAUAGACAUCGUAGCCGGAAUAGAUGCCAUGGGUUUUGUCCUAGGAGCAGCUAUAGCCCACCACCUUGGAAAAGGGUUUUUAACAAUCCGGAAAGAAGGUCACCUCUGUGUAGAAACCAAGAGUGCGGCCUAUUCCGACUACACGGGUCGACAGAAAGUGAUGGAGAUGCGCAGUGACGUGGUUAGAGCAGGUUUGCGAAUCCUGUUGGUGGACCAGUGGGUUGAGACUGGAGGAACGAUGGAGACUGCAAUAAACCUCAUUGAACAGGAAGGUGGAACUAUAGCAGGUAUCGCUGCGAUUUGCAUUGAGGACACUGAGGGAGGAAGGAAAAUUAAAGAAAAAUACAAAUGUUCAUCUUGUGUCCCUGAGCUUCUGCAGCCACAAUUCAACAAUAAAUACCUAGAGAGCUUUAAAGCCUUUGAGGCUAAAUAUAAUAAACCUAAGUGAAGCAUCACAUGAUUCCUGAAAUCUCUCUUUUAUUGAUCUAGAUACAAGAGAUAUAAUGCUUUGGUAAUAAAUUUC